AUGGAGCAACUUGAGCACUUCAGUCACAAUCAUCCACUCAACCUUGUCCAACUACAGCCAAACCACCAUGAAGAGGAAGAGGAAGAGGAAGAUGUAGAUGACCUUGUGGUUGAAGACCACCAUGUUGGCCAAUGCAACAUGUGUGAGGAAGACAUUUAUUCAUUUCAUUUACGUUACUACACUUGCAAGAAUUGCAACUACUCUUUAGACAAAUUUUGCACAGAAAUCCCAAAACUCUACAAGACCACCCAUUACAUAAUCCUAACCACAAUCUUACCUUGUCCAAGGGAUUUCCAGAUCCAGAUCUUUAUUUUAGUUCAAAUAAAGAAUGGACUUGUGGUUUAUGCAAUCAUAAGCGGAAUAACUUCUUCAAUUACCAUUGUUCCAUUUGCAAAUUCAGUAUGGACAUAA